GCCUUUUUUGUGACAUAGACGGCCGCCUCCUUCAACCACGCCGUCGUCCGCUUCUCCGUGACGAGCCCCGUUUUGAAUUGCACUUUUGCUUUGAGAAACAUUUUUCAAUGCGUAUGGAGCGAUAAGGGAACAUUUAUUCAUGAUUUGCAGUUUCCGUCGACCGAUAUCGCAGACAUGUCUAGCCCUGCUCUAGGGAGUCCUAUCAAUGGACAUGUAAUAAAGGACGAUGACGUUGCGUCUACCGACCUCCCUGAGCGACACCGAAAUGGCAGCGACGCGCAAAAUGGCGUUGACGAUGCCGUGCGACCUCCAUCGCCGUCGGCCAUGUCGGAUACCAUCGAAGAUGCGCCGAAUCACGCAGACGAGGAUAAUAUGGUAGAAGAUGAUGCCUACAGUGAUGAAGACGCGUCCCAUGAUGCAGACUACGAGAUGCACGAAAGCCCGCAGUCGCACCAUGAUGACCACGACGAGAUCCUCCCAGACCGAGCCAGUUCGACAGACUCCAACCGAGCUUCUAAGCGCAAAGCCCCGGCUGAAGAGGAUGAUUUUAUACGCGCAAACCCAGAGCUAUAUGGAUUGCGUAGAAGUCGCCGCCCCCGAGAGCAACCAAAGAUUGUCGAAUCGGAAUCAGAAUCCGAUGUUGCCCCAACAAACCGUCGACAACCAAAGCGCCGCCGCGUAGACGACUCACAUACAUCGUCGAAACGUGGAACCCCUGUCUUCCAAAUGUCAACUAACGAUUCCGAAUCCGAUAGCGAUGUGUACGGAGGUGCUCGCGCUAAGCAACAGCUGAAAAAGGCUCGCCAGAAGCUUGAAUCGCAACCGUCUCUCGCAUUUGCAGAGAAGCGAUGGUCUAGCAGACGAGCCGCCCAGGUCCAGCAAGGCGCUUACGAAGAGACCGAUGGCGAUGAAGACGAAGAGGACGCAGAAAUUGUUCAAGACUAUUAUGUGGCUGACUACGUCGACGACUCCCCCUACGUUGAGAAAGUUAUCAAGCACCGCAUCCGCCAAGGCUUCGAGCUUGCGUACGACUCUAGCCGCUACGACUUCGAAUAUUUUGUCAAAUGGGAAGGCAAAUCCAACAUGCACGACACAUGGGAAACCAUUGAAUCGUUGCGAAACGUUCGUGGCUUUCGCAAAGUCGAGAACUAUUUCCGUAAGUUCGUUGAAUACGAGCUUGACAUCCGAUUUGGUGAAGAUGUUGCCCCAGAAAUCAAAGAACAAUUCUUCUUGGAUCGUGAGAGAGACGACGAAGCGUUCGAAGACUUCACCAAGGUCGAACGCGUCGUCGCCGUCAGAGAUGGUGACGAAGGCGAUGAAUACUAUGUCAAGUGGAAGGGAUUGACUUACGAAGAGUGUACUUGGGAGACUGCUGCAAAUAUCAGCACUGACUUCCAAGACCAGAUUGAUCAAUACCUUGACCGGGCGUCCCGCUCGUGGCAAUCUGAUCGCAAAGAAUCCAAUCUGGCAACUCGAUCGCGCAUGACCAAGCUUGAAACCCAGCCAGACUACAUCAAAUUCGGAGAGCUCCGCCAAUUUCAGCUUAGAGGUUUGAACUUCUUGAGCUUGAACUGGUGCCGCGGAAACAACGUUAUUCUUGCUGAUGAAAUGGGUCUUGGCAAGACGGUUCAAACCGUGUCUUUCCUGAGCUGGCUGAAAAACGACCGACGCCAGGAGGGCCCAUCGCUCGUCGUAGCACCGCUUAGUGUUAUCCCUGCUUGGUGUGAUACCUUUAACAACUGGUCCCCAGAUAUCAACUAUGUCGUCUAUCUCGGACCGGAAGAUGCACGAAACACCAUUCGACAGCAUGAGCUGCUCAUUGAUGGUAACCCGAAGAAACCCAAGUUCAACGUUUUGGUUACUUCUUACGAAUUCAUUCUUCAAGAUUGGCAAUUCUUGCAGUCAAUAAAGUGGCAAGUUCUUGCCGUUGACGAAGCCCAUCGUCUCAAGAACAAGGAAUCUCAACUAUACGCUAGACUGGUAGCGUUUGGGGUCCCUUGCAAGGUCUUGAUCACGGGUACACCAAUCCAGAACAAUCUUGCAGAACUAUCAGCGCUGCUCGACUUUUUGAACCCCGGCAAGGUCAACAUUGAUGAAGAUUUAGAUUCUUUGUCUGCCGUGGAUGCGCAAGAGAAGCUCCAAGACCUCCAUACCGCUAUCGCGCCGUAUAUUCUUCGACGAACCAAAGAGACUGUCGAGUCCGAUUUGCCGCCGAAGACAGAGAAGAUUAUUCGCGUUGAGCUGUCUGAUGUGCAGCUCGACUACUAUAAAAACAUUCUCACGAGAAAUUACGCUGCCCUUACGGAUGCUAAUUCGGGUCACAAAAACUCGCUGCUGAACAUCAUGAUGGAACUGAAGAAGAUCAGUAACCACCCAUACAUGUUCCCUGGAGCAGAGGAGCGCGUGCUAGCCGGCAGUACUCGUCGCGAAGACCAAAUUAAAGGUCUCAUUACCAGCAGUGGUAAAAUGAUGCUCCUUGAUCAGCUGUUGACAAAAAUGAAGAAAGACGGCCACAGAGUGCUUAUCUUCAGUCAGAUGGUGAAGAUGCUCGACAUCCUAGGUGACUACCUGUCGAUGCGCGGCUAUAAAUUCCAAAGACUUGAUGGUACCAUUGCUGCCGGCCCGCGACGCAUGGCCAUCAACCAUUUCAACGCUGAAGAUAGUGAAGACUUUUGCUUCCUGCUCUCUACCCGUGCUGGUGGUCUUGGUAUCAAUCUGAUGACAGCCGACACUGUCGUCAUUUUUGAUUCAGACUGGAAUCCCCAAGCCGACUUGCAAGCCAUGGCAAGAGCUCAUCGUAUUGGUCAGAAGAAGCCUGUCAACAUUUAUCGACUAGUUUCAAAAGAAACUGUCGAAGAAGAAGUGCUGGAACGUGCCCGUAACAAGCUCUUGCUCGAAUACUUGACUAUUCAAGCUGGCGUAACUGAUGACGGCAAGGCGGCAUUCAGGGAGGAAUUCAACAAGAAGGGAAUCAAGGUUGAUGGCCCGUCUUCCUCGGAGGACAUCCAAAUGGUGCUAAAGAUGCGUUCGUCCAAGAUGUUUGAACAGAGCGGAAACCAAGAACGCCUGGAGCAGCUUGAUAUUGACUCUAUCCUGGAGAAUGCCGAAAUCACAAAGACAAAGGUUGAUGACAAGAUUAACCUUAGCAGUGGUGGUAUUGAUUGGGAUAAUUUCAUGCAAAUCACGGAUGUUAAAGUGGACGAUAUCAAUCUCGACUGGGAUCAGAUCAUUCCAGCCGAAAAGAUUGCUGAGAUCAAGUUGGAAGAAGAGAAGCGUCAACACGACGAUUAUCUUGCAAAGGUCGCUGCCGAGAGUGCACCCCGACGCGCGGCUGUUAAAAGCCGAAACAGGGAGACGGAGCGAGCCGAUCGACUUAAGAAGCGCCAGCGUGAGCAACAGUUGGAAGAAGAAGAACAACGGGCUCUUGCGGCAGACCCGCGCCGUCCGCUCAACGACAAGGAGCAGCGUAACCUCAUCAAAGCUUACUUCCGCUACGGAUCUAUGGAUGAUCGCACAGAGGAUAUUAUCCGUGAAGCCAGGCUCGGGGAGCGCGACGCUGAUUUUGUCAAGGAAGUCUUGGGUGACUUCAUCAAAGCUGCACAAGAAGCUGUUGAUGAAAAUACCAAGAGGCUUGCUGACGAAGAGUCGAAGAUGGGCAAGACGCUGACCAAGAAGGACAAGAAGGCAGUUUUGAUUGAUUUCGGAGAACUUAAGAAGGUCAACGCUGAAACCGCCAUUGAACGACCCAAGCAGCUCAAACUGUUGAGAAAGGCAAUCACUUCAUGCGCUGACUGGAAAACGUUCCGUCUUGCCGAGGCCACGAAAGCAGCUAGUUAUAGUUGUCCCUGGGGCGCUAAAGAGGAUGCGAUGCUUCUUGUUGGCAUUGACCGACACGGUUUUGGUGCCUGGGUUCAAAUCCGCGACGAUGCUGACCUGGAAAUGCAAGAUAAAUUGUUCUUGGAAGAACACCGCGUUGGCAAGAAAGAGGAGCGCAGUAAAGGCAACGACAAGCUGAAGGCCCCUGGUGCUGUUCAUCUGGUGCGUCGAACAGAGUACCUACUCUCUGUGCUCCAAGCAAAGCAUUCUCCAGACCGACAAAAAGCGCUAGAUGGCCAUCAUCGUGUGAAGAAACAGUCCGUCAACGGCCGCGGCAGCGCUGCAGCCUCUCCAUCAAGCCAUGGCCCUAAGCGGCCACGCGAGCGCGAGCGCGAAACGUCCCAUAGCUACACGGACGAUCGCGGAACCCCUCGUCCUGACUUUAAGCGCAAGCAUGCCCCCCGGGAUGACGACAGCCGUCGGUCAUCUAAACAUGGCGACGAGAGAGACCGUCACGAUAAACACCGACGUGAUGACGAAAGACGCAGUGACAAGCAUCGGCACCGUGACGAGCGCCACCGCGACGAUCGUCGAGACGAUAGAUAUCGCGAUGAUCGACACCGGGAUGAUAGACAUCGUGACGACCGUCACCGUGAAGACCGUCAUCGAGACGACCGCCACCGUGAAGAUAGACAUCGUGAUGAUCGCCACCGGGAUGAGAGGCAUCGCGACGAUAGACACCGAGAUGAGCGAAGGCGAGAUGAACACAGGGGAGAUCGUGAUACGGCACACAGGGCUGAUCGACAACCUGAUGAGCGCCGUACGAAAGCAUUACGCCGCCUGGAUGAGCUUCGCCGCAUUGGUGACAACAAGGAUCAACGUGAUCAAGACAACGACGCGAUGAUUUGGUACUUGUUGAAGCCUGUGCGAGACAACUUUGAGCGAAUCCUAUCGACUACCAAAGACAACGUCAAAUCUAGUAAAGAGCGAGCGUCAAUCUUUGGAGUUGAGCUGGUUGUGAUUGGUACAUUUUUGGACGAAAGACUACCUGUGACGGCAUCCGACGAAGGGCUCAAGGCGAACUUUUGGGACUUCUUAGCCGCGCUGUGGCCAGUAGACGAUACGAGCAAGACGGUGACUGGCUCGCGAUUGAGCAAUAUGUAUAGGACACUACAUGGACGCAAGAAGGAUGUGUCAUCGACACCCACCAAAACCAAUGGGGCUUGAAAUGGACAAGCCUAGAUUGGAGUAGACGAUUCAAGAAUUCUGAAAGUUGUACUGGAUUUGACUCUCGCAUUGCGAAGACGAGCAUUUUACAGCAUUUGUCGGGCGUUUGGUACAAAGGAUGGCAUUUGUAUGGCUUCACACCUGUUUUUUGUUUUUGGAAGUGGGGAAGAGGAGAGGAGCAGAUGUAGUAUGGCAGCUUGCGCACCCAGGUUCGAAGCAUUUCCAACUGCAAUGAAGAGAAAAGAUUUACAGAAAGGUGGCAGAUGAAAGAGGCGAGCCACGUUUGCCGAUGCACAGCGGGGGAAUAACGCGUCUAGGAGCAGCGGAGCAGGCCAUGUGUACAUUUAUACCGUUUGUUAUUGUAUGUUGGUUGCUUGAUUUUCUUUGCCUUGAUUUUCCAUUUCGCUUUGUUUCUACUUCAGCAACCAUCAUAUCGACAGCAUUAGCGUAAUUAGAAGGCAAACUGAGAGUCGAGAUCAGCAAUGCCACAACUGAGUAAAAUACUGAUGGAAAAUUUGAAUUAUAAACUUUCAUUUCGAUAAAUAGA